UGUUUUCUAAAAUUUGGAAAACUUAGCAACAUUUUAUUAAUAGCUCUAAUAUCAUGUUUACAUCUAAUAUCAAAAAAAUAAUAGCGCGUAUAUUAAGUUACUUCCAUGAAUUGCUUAGCAGUGCCGUGUAUCGUAAUACUGUCGACAUUAUUAUCCACACAUGUCCAUUGCUUUAGUUUCACACUCCUACACAACAAUGAUAUGCACGCCCGAUACGAUCCAGUUACAAACAGCUGUGGGAAGUGUCCCCAAGGUGACGAUGAGAGGGGCUUAUGCUUUGGAGGAUUCGCUAGGAUAGCUACAGUUGUGACUACUGCCCGCGCCAAGGGUUCAACGAUUUAUCUUAAUGCAGGCGAUACUUUCUCCGGCACCAAUUGGCAUCGAGUUUUUGGGGGAGAUUUGGCAGCUGAGCUUUUGAAUUUACUAAAGCCCGAUGCGGUGUCGAUUGGCAAUCACGAAUUGGAUGAGGACCUGCCUGGAUUUAUACCUUACCUUAAGAGAGCAAACUUUCCCAUUGUUUGCUGUAAUUUGAAUUUGCGUAUGACUCCAGAGCUGAACAAUUUUAGAAGUUUGGUUCGCUCAACGAUCAUCAGGAAGUUUAAACAGAAUAUUGGCAUUAUUGGUUAUAUAACCCCAAAUACAAAAUAUUACGUGCCUUACAAUUCCAUUGGCUACUUCGCUGAGAUACCCUCCAUAAACAUCGAGGCGAGGAAGCUACGCAGUCAAGGCGUUAAUAUAAUAAUUGCUCUUGGCCAUUCCGGCUUUGAAAUGGAUAAGAUAAUCGCAUUGCGCUGCACUGAUGUUGAUGUUGUCAUCGGUGGCCAUUCGCAUACUUUUCUAUACACGGGCAGCCCACCGGAUAUAGAGAAACCAGAGGGUAACUACCCCACAAUUGUGACCAAGCCAAAUGGUCAUCAAGUGCCAGUUCUCCAAGCUUAUGCGUUUACCAAAUAUAUGGGUGUAAUCAAUUUAGUGUUUGACGAUUAUGGGAAUCUAAUAAAUUUCAGUGGUAAACCCAUAUUGUUGGACAAAUCGAUUCCGCAACAAGCCGAUAUUAUGGGCAUAUUGGCAUCAAAGAGAUCGCGAGUUGAUUCUAUGGAUAUGAAAGAGGCCGAAGACAGGAAAUCGGCAACCAGAACCGAAAUGAUCCCAAGAAACUCUACAGAUUAUGAUUAUAUAGCUAACAUUAUACACGUUGCUGUUUUCUUGCUGUUAAUAAUUCUCUUAGUAUGCAACGAUCGACAUGCCUAGCAACUGCUUUUUCAUACCCUGUUGUACCA